AAGUUCUCACAUGAUCUUCUGUGAGCCCUGGCUUGUAGGGAGUCAAGAUCUGUCUGAGAAAUGGGUAUGAAUGUCGGAGCUAGAUCUUGAAGGUUGUAGGGACACACACUCGGCGUAGUGACACGGGCUGGCCACCUGAGGGGGCGCCAGCCCGGCUUGCGGAGCCAGGGGAGCCAGAAGGGAACCUUGGAAACCAAAGUCAGGCUCAGACUCUUAGGACCACAGAACGUUGAGAACAGAGCAUCUUAGAACGCUGAGAACAAAGCCUCUUAGAACGUCGAACAAAGGCUCCUGGAAUCGUCGAAUGAUGGACGCUAUGCCCCACACGAUCUGGGAGACAAAAGACGCUUAGAUUCUGUUUUGGUCGAAUCGGAGAAUCUUCAACCCAGGAAGGUCUCAUAAUUCCAGAAUUUGGGAUAUAACCGAUCUCCGACUCUUAGAAGCAAGACUGGCUGCAGAAUUUGUGAAGCCUGGUGCAAAAUGAAUAUGCGAGGCCCCUUGUUCAAAAAAAUAAGAAUUUCAAGACGGUGACAGAAGAAUAUUAAACCAGGCGCGGGGCCCUCCUAAGCUGGUCACAUGCCGGUGAAGCCGGUCCCGUUUAGAAGCAUUUUUUUAGGGGAGGAUGUCGGUCUCAGCUGGCCUCUAGUUUUACAGCGGAGUGUCUGGGAAGGCUUCGUGGAAGAGGAGGCAAAAUCAGGGCUCGACUCAAUAACCCGUUCCGCCCCCUGCUCAGCCUCAGCGGCUUAGCGUCGCUAGGGGUGGGGGGAGAGGAAAGGCUGCCAACCUGUCACGUGGACCCAUUCUCUAUUUAUAGAUCACCCCUGCCCCUUUCGCCGGACAGUCCAAUGGUAGCCGGAGCUCGCCCGCAAGGGGGCGGAACCAGCCGCGGGACCGGCGGGGCGCGAACCAAUGACAUUGGAGCAAGGGCGGACUUGUUUCAUUGUGACGCGAGAGGGGGCGUGACUAGGCCCCAAAGGCAGGCAAGCGGUGGGGCGUGGCGAGGCCGCCCCAAGCGGAGCGAGUAGGAAGCUGCGAGCAUGCGUCGCGCUGGGGGGCGCGGAUGCACCGCCGGGCAUCUUCGUCAGGGAGGUAGCAGCCAAUAGGCGACGGUUGCUCUGUCGCCGGGGGCGUGGCCAUGCAGAUAAGGCGCGGGUGGGCGGCCCAAUGGGCGGGCGCCUAUGCAGAUGAGACGGUGACAGCCGGGCCAGCGGGCGGGCAGGCGGGCUGUUGGGGCGGGGAGGUGGGACCCGGAGAGGGGUGGCCGUGGGGCCCGGCCGGGCUGGGGUGGGGGGCCGCAGCCAUGAUCCGGGCCUUCUCGUUCCCGGUGAGCCCCGAGCGGGGCCGGCUGCGGGGCUGGCUGGAGGGCAGCCUGGCCGGGCUCUGCGAGUUGCACUGGCUCCGGGAGAGGCAGGAGUACCGCGUGCAGCAGGCGCUGCGGCUGGCCCAGCCCGGAAUGGGGGGCGCCGAGGCCGAGGACGAGGAGGACGCCGAGGAGGACGAAGAUGCGGCGGCGGCGCGCCGGGCCGCAGCGGCCCUGGAGGAGCAGCUGGAGGCCUUGCCCGGGCUCAUCUGGGACCUGGGCCAGCAGCUUGGAGACCUGAGCCUGGAGUCUGGGGGACUGGAACAGGAGAGCGGGCGCAGCUCAGGCUUCUAUGAAGACCCCAGCUCCACAGGAGGUCCAGACUCACCACCCUCAACCUUCUGUGGGGACAGUGGCUUCUCUGGAUCUGGCUCCUAUGGACGCCUGGGUCCCUCUGAACCCCGGGGCAUCUAUGCCAGCGAGAGGCCCAAGUCCCUAGGAGACGCCAGCCCCAGCGCUCCGGAGGCGGUGAGCGCUCGGGCCGCCGUGCCGCGAUCGUACUCGGCGCCCUACCCGACGGCAGCGGGCUCCGCGGGCCCCGAGGCCUGCUCCUCCGCGGAGCGGCGGGCCCGCGCGGGGCCCUUCCUGACGCCCAGCCCCCUGCACGCCGUGGCGCUGCGCAGCCCGCGGCCCUGCGCCCGGCCCCCGGCGGACUCUCCGGACCCGUCGGGCGCGGGGCGGCCCCUGGACGGCUACAUCUCGGCGCUCCUGCGCAGGCGCCGCCGCCGGGGGGCGGGCCAGCCCCGGACCAGUCCCGGGGGCGCGGACGGGGGCCCGCGGCGCCAGAACAGCGUGCGCCAGAGGCCGCCCGACGUGUCCCCGCCCCCCGGAGGCGCGCGGCCCGCGCCCGAGCCCCCGGUGGAGCGCGCGGGGGGCCGCCCCGCCAGCCCGGCCGCCCUGGGCCGCGGCUGGGCCCCGCCGUGGGAGUCGGAGCCGGCGCCCGAGCCCGCCGCGCCGCCCGCCGCUCCGUCGCCCCCCGACAGCCCGGCCGAGGGUCGCCUGGUGAAGGCGCAGUACAUCCCGGGCGCGCAGGCCGCCACCCGCGGCCUCCCCGGGCGCGCGGCGCGCCGCAAAGCGCCGCCACUGACCCGCGGCCGCAGCGUGGAGCAGUCCCCGCCCCGGGAGCGUCCCCGGGCCGCCGGCCGCCGCGGACGCGUGACGGAGGCCUCCGGCCGCAGGGGCUCGCCCAGGGCGCGCAAGGCCGCGCGCUCUCAGUCCGAGACCAGUCUGCUGGGCCGCGCGGCCGCGGCGCCCCCGGGGCCCCCCAAGUACCCCACGGCCGAACGGGAAGAGCCCCGGCCGCCGAGGCCCCGCCGCGGCCCCGCGCCCACGCUCGCGGCUCAGGCCGCGGGGUCCUGCCGCCGCUGGCGCUCCACGGCCGAGAUCGACGCGGCGGACGGGCGCCGCGGCCGGCCCCGAGCCCCCGCGGCCCGCGGCCCGGGGCCCGGCCCGUCGCCGUCAGCCCCUCCGCGCCGCCUCCUCUACGGCUGCGCGGGCAGCGACUCCGAGUGCUCCGCGGGGCGCGUGGGGCCCCUGGGACGCCGGGGGCCCGCGGGCGGCGUUGGCGGCGGCUACGGGGAGAGCGAGUCGAGCGCCAGCGAGGGGGAGUCGCCGGCCUUCAGCUCCGCGUCCAGCGACUCGGACGGCAGCGGUGGCCUGGUGUGGCCGCAACAGCUGGUGGCGGCCACCGCCGCCUCCGGGCCCGGGGGUGGCGCAGGUGGAGGGGCGCCCGCGGGCCCCGCCAAAGUCUUCGUGAAGAUCAAGGCUUCUCACGCACUCAAGAAAAAGAUACUGCGUUUCCGUUCGGGUUCUCUUAAGGUCAUGACUACGGUGUGAGUUUGGGAAUUGCUUGGGCUCCGCCUUCAUGGCCUCUGCACCACCACGCUCCCAGUCACUGGCCCUUCCAUACCUCCCUUCCAAAGACCACCAUCUUCUCUGCUUCCAAAGACCCUUCCUCACUGCCCCCCAUCCACUGCAGUCUUGGUUGAAAAGGCUCCCCCUCCACCAUAGGGAGGAAUGGGGGAGGAGCCCUGUUUGACACAGUCAGCUGCUGGCUCUGCAGCCCUUGGGCAAGAAAGUUCCCUUUGUCUGGGCCUCACUUUCCUCAUCUGUACAAUGGGUGUACUAUGGUAUGCAGAAGGGGCAAUUCAGUUUGAAUUUCCCCGUUUUAGUUUAGACGCUUAGUCCGUUUGUUCCCGUUCACUUCUGUCACUGAACCCUCUUAUUCCUCCUUUCCAUGCCCAGAUGCGGUGUCUCCCCCCAACCCCCCAUUCACAAAGUGCCCCCGUCCACGUCCCUGGAUUCUUGGGAUAUCCCCUUGGCACCAUGGUCAGAGACUCCGUGUCUGACCCGGGUGGUGCCUGCAGAGUGCCCUGGAAAAGGAAGGAGCACUGACUUUGGGGUUUUGAGGGUCAAUUAGGAGGUGGUAACACCUGGAAAGAAAGACUCUUUCACCUCUAUCCCUGGACAGUUGUAGGGGAUUAGGAGGUAAGAGAGGGGAAGGAAGAUGGCUUCUAUCUCGGUGCCCCCCCUUUCUCCCCUGCUGAGAGGGAGUGGGGGAGCCCAGGAAGACCCUCAGCUGUUCCAAUCCAGUAUUUUUUUUCUUUUUUAAAAUUACUGUAUUUAUUAUGACGAUGGUGACUCCCCAGUGCACAGGGGGGCCAGACUCUGUGUGUUUCUCUAACCUCUUUGUAAAUAAAUGCACAGUGUUACAUA